AUGACGAUAAUGAGAUUGAUUAGCCGUUUGAUUCUCCCAAAAUCGUCACCGUCUCCUGUUCCACGGUGGUUGAGCACGGUGGCUGCGGAAUCGGCAGCACAGGCAGUGGCUGCGGAAUCGGCGGAGGAUGCAGUGGCUGCGGAGUCGACGGCGGAGGCAGAGGCGGCGGCGCAGCCUAAGAAGAGUACCCGUCUCUUCUAUCAAGUGGUUAAUAAGGCCAGGUCCGACUUGUCGCGCGUGCCACACGUUCUCAAUAAUUGGGUGAAUCAAGGAAAUGAGGUCGGGAGACCCGAUAUUCUCAACAUCACUAAUUUUCUCCGCAAUCGCAAGCAUUUCGAUGCCGCUCUUCAGGUCUUCAACUGGAUGGAAAGCCGCAACAUGGAAUUAACUAAUGUCGAAAAGGCCAUGCUCAUUAACCUCCUACACAAAACUGAGGGCAUAACCUCCGCGGAAAAUUACUUCAAUACCCUCCAAGAAUCCGGAAAGACAGGCAAAACCUAUGGGGCCCUCCUCAGCUGCUACUGCCAGCAGAAGCUCGUUGACAAGGCAGUCGACACAUUCGACCUCAUGAAAUCACUCAACUUCACGACGACUCUAAACUACAACAACAUGCUCCGUCUCUACUACACCACGGGGAAAUACGAAAACCUCUUCUCCCUUUUCCAAGAUAUGGAGGACAAAAACGUCCCUCUCGACGCCUACUCUUACAACAUGCUGAUCAACAGCCACGAUGCCCUCAAGAAUCUGGAUGCCAUUGACAGUGUUGUCGAGAAAAUGAAAAUAAAAAAUGUGCCGGAUGAUUGGUUCACGUUAGGGAAUCUCGCCACCAUUUAUUUCAAUUCGGGCUUGCCCGAGAAGGCAAAGGCUUAUCUCGACAGGAUGGAGAAAACGCGUGCCCGGCCAGAAAAGAAUCUGAUUGAGGCCUGCCGGAUCAGAAUCAAGCUGUAUUCUCAGAUGAAUGAUCUGCAAGGCGUGCUCCGGGCUUGGCGGGCCCUUAAAUUGGAUAUCCCGAAGCCCAACACCAUGUGCUACCUCUUCACGCUGAUUGGUCUUGCGAAGGUCGGGGAUCAGGAGGGCCUGGAGAAGAUUUUCAAGGAGUGGGAGGAGAGCAAGUUGAGCUUCGAUCCCAAGGUCCCGAACGUGCUCUUGGAGUAUUAUCUGAAACGGGACAUGAUGGAUAAAGCGAAUUGUCUGUAUGCGAAUUUGGUUGAAAGGAAGAAAAUUCCCAAUUUGAGGAUGCUGGACUCGUUUGCGGCCCUGAGUGUGAGAAAUGGGGAUGUGGAGUCGGGCCUGAAGCAUUUGGAGAUGGGUUUGGAUAAGCCAAAAUAUUGGGAGAGCGAUUGGUUUCCUACAGAGGAGACGGUUAAAUUGUUUUUGAAAUAUUUUGAGGAGAAUGAUGAUCCAGUGAGGGCAGGCUUGUUUGCUGAGAGAAUGAAGGGCUUGAAACAUGUGAAUUUGGAUGCCCUCGCUGCUAAUGUUAAGGUUCCUGAUGUCGAAAUUAGCAUCUGA